AUGGAUAACAAUCAACGGUAUAACCUCCGUUCGUCCGCUCAACAGCAGCCAGCUCCCGGUAUGACUACGUCAUUACAUUCCUCCUCGACGACUACGAGUGUCGCUGCCAAUACCAGUGCGUUUGCGACAUCGAGUACGAACAUAUCCUCGCUACCGACAACAGCAACAACAACAAUGUCGAAUAUGGCACAAUCACAAUACCCGGCCUUUGCGUAUGGCGGAGUCGGGAAUCCUCAGCAGCCGGCAUUUGGCAACAAUCAGACACGGCAGCAACAACAUCUGCAACAGCAAAUACAACAGCAACAUGCCCAAACAGAAGCCAUACAAGCACAAGAAGCACAGGCAAUGGGCGAGGACGGCGCAUCCGCCACUGCGCCUUUCUUGCGGGACUUCACCCUAGUUGCCGAGGCUGUCAAGCGAGUGCAGAUGGAUGCGGUCAUGACCGAGAUGGAGAGCAUCACUCUAUAG